UGCUUGAUAUUGAUACAUUGCACUGUAGUACAGAGGGCAUUUAGAUUAGCGUGAUUGUCUUCAAACAUGGGAGUGUGUGAAGGGAGAGAAACAGACAGUUCAGGUACACAGAGAGAGAACAAUACAGUGUAAGAGAGUGUGUGUGUUGUAUGUGUGUGCUGUAUGUGUGUGUGUGUUGUAUCUGUGUUUGUGUGUGUGUGUGUGUGUGUAUGUGUGUUCGUGUGAUGAUGAGAUCACUGUUGCAUCAGUACUUCCUGGUGGCAGCCAUGUUGACUCUGCUUCUACUCCUCACUUCACUGUGGCUACCUCAAGGAACAGUACAGGAUUGUGAAUCAUCGUGGCUCCCGUGUCUUAGUGAUCCAAACAGCAAGGUACCUCCAGCAGUGGCUGCAGGAAGUGAAUUAGGGACUCACACUGAUAACAUCAUUAUUAGGAGCGAUGUCAUUAACCCUAAUCCUGCUAUCGUACCUGAAUGUCCUGGGCAGCAUUUCCAGGUGUCCCACCUGCUGCUGUAUUUAGACUCCGCCCUCAGCCCCGCCUCUGAUGUGCUGUUGGAACCUUACCUGCUCUGCUGGGAGGAGCUAAUUAAGUUUAUGGAAGCUCUCGGGCCUCUGGUUGGUUUUUUCACCAACAAAGUUCAGGAGAAGAUCACUCUAAUUCGCCAGCUGGCUGAGGAGGAUUCUGGGAAACACAGACUACUGACUCCGCCCCCCACCAACUCCGUACUUCUAUCCCACAAUCCCCACAACCACGCCUACCAUUCUGUGUGCUCCAUGUUGGAUACAGAGCUUCGGUUGGGUGUGGUCAGCUUCGACAGACAGACGCCAUCGGGCAGUCGUACUUUGCUCCGCCUCCAUCGAUCGUUGCUGUGGCUGCAGCUGUUGCUGAUGAAGCUGUGGCUGGAGCCUGGGCACGUGAGUCGAAGCCUGGGUGAGGUGUGUGAGGAAGCAUACAGUGAGGCGUUAGCCCCAUAUCACCCAUGGCUGCUACAGAAGUUGGCACGACUCGCCUUUAAGGCCAUGCCUGAACACACUGUACUGCUCAGCAUGGUGUGCGUGAACACGCACGAGGAGGCAGAACCAAUCAUUCGCACCAUCGUCACGGCGAUCAGUGAGGUGCGCCGCAGAACCCACAAUGAGCUGGAGAAAAGAAACAUGCUGAACUUACCUUAAAGGAACACCUGUCCAAAGACAAAAGGCAGUGCCCCAACAUCCCAAUGGCAUGGUGUGGCCCUUUCAACAAAGGACCAAGGAACCAAGAAACAUGGGAAACAUUAACCAAGGCUAACUAAGAACACCUUCAGUCCUAAUCUCUCAAAUGUUAGCAUGAUAAUAACUCUGACCUCUGAUUCUAACUAGCUGAAUGCUAAUAGCUAGAUAUCACAGUGCAGACUGCCAUGAUAAAUACAGGGUGUAUGUAGUGGCAGAUAAAUUACAGUGAUGGUAUUACAGUUAUUAUUAUGCUAUGAUCUGUUUGAAAUAUCUACGUGUUAGUGCUGCCACUUCCUGUUUCCUCUGUACCAUGGGAUCCCAAUUCCAAAAUUCACCCACAGGCUCGUUAUGUACGCCGGAAAUUGAAGUUUCUGAUCUCAUCUUUGGCGUGUGAUAGGAAUAUGAAAUCUGCACUUCUGUCUACAUCUGGAUCUCAGUAACCAACAGUGUGAAUACAGAGAAGAUUAAGUCACAUUUUUCACUCAAAAACCUUCAAGUUGGCCUGUCCGGGGUUUUUGGGUGAAAUUUUUUGACUUUCUCAGAAUUUCCCAAAAUUCACACUGUGGGUGAGAAAGACAGGAGUGCAGGUUUUGUUGUGUUUGAUGUUGUGUAUGGGUGUGUGUUGUGUUUGAGCUGUGAAUAUGUCUGCAUUGUGUGUGUGUGUGUGUGUGUGUGUGUGUGCGUGUGUGUGUGUGUGUGCAGUAGAAAACGCUCUGAAAAAAGUAAUUUUUUCAAACACAAAUUUAUUUCAUACAUUUCUUGUUUCAUUAUAAUAAUAACAAUUUAUACAAUGUUUCAGCUUAGGCAACAAACAGACAGAUCGAUAGACAAACAAAUAAAUAAAUAAAUAAAUAAAUAAAUAAAUAAAUAGAUGUGAUAUUUGAGGAUCAUCAGCAGGAGAAGCAGUGACUUUACACAAGCACAUUCUUACUAUGACCAACACACACACACACACACACACAAAACUUCCAGAUUGUGCUGAUGAAAGGUGGAUGAUUUGAGCAGUGGGUUGUGUGGAUUAGCUUAACAACUUUAAAACAAACAAAUAAAUAAAUAAAUUAGCAUACAGCACACAUGAUUUAAAGGUCAAAUGGAGCAAAAAUUAGACUGGAAACAGAAUUUAUGACACACAAACAGACCAACUGCAGCUUCAGCUGCUAAUCUUGCUAUGCUAACAGUGCUAAAUAUGUAAGUCCCGUAAGGGCCAAUGCUAAAUGCUGUAAAUGCAAAUGUAGUAAGUACUGUUCUAACUAAGCUUAUGCUAAUAAAUGUUACAUGCUAACUUUCUGUGUGCUAACGGACACUGCCUAAACAGCAAGUGCGUCUGUGCUAAAACAUCUAAAUGCUAAUUUGCACAACAAAAUGAUAACCAGUGAUCUUAAGAGAAAGUUUGAUAGCUUUCUAUGCUAACAUUUAAAAUGCUAAUAUUAAAAAUAAAUACUUAGUGUUUCAACAGACAUUAACAAGCUAACAGCAGAAAAAAAAUAUUCUUUCAUUGAUGUAUUUCAAUCAGUAUUGGCGAAUACACACACACACACACACACACACACACACACACACACACUCUAUUGCUUAGGGGACAUGUAGAGUGUAUGUCUGAUCCCUUUUCUCUGAUGUGUAUGUUAUCUAGUGCUCUGUAAGAUGGUGGAUUCUACAGCAUGAAGCUGAUUGGCUGUUCAGUAGAAAUGAAAUAUUACACUGUGUGUGUGUGUGUGUGUGUGUGUGUGUGUCCCU